AAGGCAUUAUAAAAUACUUUUUUGGAUGUUUAUCGAUGUGACCGUUGUCUUAAGAUGUAGAGGGAAACAUAACACUACCACAGGUCUCCAAGUUGGCUGAAUGUUAAUGUCAAAAACUACUUGCACGCGUAUAAAACUACUAUGACCAUAACCCAUUGCGACUGACGACGAUCCUACCAUUGCGCAUGCCCGCGCUGCUUGUUGUCAGCGGUGGUUAUGGAGAUGUGGUAUUACGAACUGUCAACAUUACGGUGAUGUUCGUGAGGGAUGCCCAGAAAAAUAGGAUUCAUUGUAAUCAGCUCUUCAAGUCAUGAGGACAACUUCAGUGCCAGUGAGCUUGUGGUCCAUGCACCCACAGUCAGUGGCUGGAGAUCCAGCAGGCUGUGCUCCUACCCUCAGCACAUCACCCUCCAGCUGGUGGAGAGAAGUAGAGUGAGGAAGCUGCAGCUGCUGGCCCACCAGUACCUGAUUCCAGCCAAGGUGGAGUUCCAUAUUGGCGACACUCUUCCUGAAACCGACACCCCAGGAUUCCCCGGGCAGCUUCGCAGACUUGGAUACGUGUCUUUGUCGGACAAUGAGAAGACAGGCUUCAAAGCUCGGGAGCUGAAGUCAGUCCAUGUAGAUGCCAUUGGAACGUACCUGAGAAUAACCUUGCACAAGAACCAUAUCAACCGUUAUAAUCACUACAGUCAGGUUGCUUUGGUUGCCAUUAAUAUUCUGGGAGAUUCUGUGGAUGGCAGUGCUUAUAACACAAUUCCAAGCAGAGAGCAGCUGAUUGAACACUACCUCAACAGUACCCAGCUGGAAGCCGCCUUGGACACGACCUUCAUGGGCAAAUAUGAGUCCUUCUGUCCCCUGGAUGACCUAGCCUUUGACAUGUACCAGGACCCCGAAGUUGCCCACAUCAUCCGUCUCCUGGACCAAAAGAAACAAGACAUGGUACGGCAGGAGAAAUACGAGCAGGCCAAGAAUCUGAAGCAGGCCAUCGCAGACCUGCAAAAGGUGGGGGAGCGUUUGGCUCGAUAUGAUGUGGAGAAGCGAUGUGCCAUUGAAAGGGAAGACUAUGACUUGGCCAAGAAGAAGAAGGAGCUGAUGGAGGAAUACAGGAGGAGUGUCUACCAGCAGCUGGAGGUCCACAACCUGCUUGACUUGGCAAUGAUCACAAGAGGAGUCGAGUCAUCCCCAGCCCAGGAUCCUCCCUCAGUUGAGCCCUCUCCAGGCCACCGUUCAGUUCUCACCAAACCCCUUGUGUCCACAGACACAUUCAGGAAGGAGAAAGUAACAAACCCUCCUCAGAGCCAACAGUCAGACGCAGGAGCUGUUGCACCCAAACUAAGCUGCCAGCCUGGCACACCGUGCACCCCUGCUGCUGCACCCAAAAUAGAUGUUACCAGUGUGCCUUAUGAUGAGAGGCCGCUGCCUGCCCUUCAGAGGAAAGACCGGUCUGUGGAGGCCAUCCAGAGCCCUGCAGAGCACCACUCCCCCCAACCUGAUGCUCAAAGGACUCCACAUAGCCCUGACAUGAGCGGAAAGCCAGAGCCCCUUACGGAGAAGGCCCAGAGAGAGGCUGGCCUUCCAGUAGAGGUCUAUGGAGAAAGCCUGGUAGCUGGUGUGUAUUCCAAAUCAUGGUCCUGCAGAGAGGAUGCCCUCGUGGCUGUGUACAAGAAACUUUUGGAGCUAUCACCCAGAACUCCCAGGGAAGAGUUGAGAACCAUGAUAAGAGCUGCAGUCUUCCUGAUCAAGAAGACCCUCCUAGAUAAAGUGUCACCUGUCUUCCAUGCUUCCUUGAAGCUGCUGCAGUUACUACUGAGCCAGCUGAUCCCAGAUCUGGGGCUGGGCCGGGCCGAGAUGAUCCACUGCUUGGAGCAGACCUGGCCCAACCUGCUGGCCAGGACCGGAGAGUCAGCCAGCCGCCCGCGGGCUGCAGCUAUAGCAUUCAUACAGGAAAUUGCUGUUUUGAAGGAUGUACGUAACCUGCAGUUAAUCCCUGGUGAGCUUGUGAAGCCCUUCAAAUCUAACUUCCCCUCUCGACUGGCUCAGAGUCGGGCUGAACUGCUUGAGAAGCUACUCGCUGAAAUGGGUGCAGAGAACUCUGGUUUCACUCUGGAGAAUGUCAUGACGUUCUGUACAGCGGCUUUGGAGCACAGCGCGCCAUUUGUUCGGGAGCUGGCAUUGCGCAUCAUCUUGUCCAUGUACCAGCAUCACAGAGCUGCUGUUCUCAGCUACUUGCCACCCAACGAUGCUGCUGCACGGAAGAACUUCCUCUACAAGACCCUCUUUGAUGGCUUUGCCAAGAUUGAUGGAAAACUAGUAGAUACUCAGACUUUGAAGAAGGGAGGUGGUCAGCAGGAGGGGCAAAAAGAAAAGGAUGAGAUCCACUCUCUUCAGGAGCAGCUGGCUGCCUUGAAAGAGAUCACAGAGAGUGGCAGUGAAGGCACCAAAGGACAAAUGGCCAAGAAAGAAUCUCCCAAGGUUGAGAAAGAGUCUCAAAAAUCUGGCAAAGCUGUCACAAAAGUGCCCCAUAACAAGAAAAUAAACAGCCUUGACGUCCAGCAAACUAUUAACUAUCUUGACAACUUGUGUAUAUUCUGUGGUAAAAAGGAUGAAUCAUUCACAGAGGACGGAUUGGAUCUUCACUACUGGAAACACUGUCCUAUGCUGAGACGCUGUGAUGAAUGUAGACAGGUAGUUGAGAUAGCCAGCCUCACCGAGCACCUGCUGGGUGAAUGUGAAAGCAGGUCCAAGUUCAGCCAGUGUCCACGCUGCUCAGAGGCCGUGGCCACUGAAGAUCUGACUCGACAUGUCCAGGGUCCCACCUGCAACCCCCCCAUCUCGGGUAAAGGUUCCAACCACUGUCCUUUGUGUCACAACAAUUUCAUGGCUGGAGAGGAGGCCUGGAAGGCUCACCUCAUGGGCAGGGAGGGCUGUAAACAAAACUCACGCAGGACUGCGGUGUCCCAGAGAACUCAGCCAGCACAAGGCAGGGCCGUUGGUGGAGCCAAGCUGAAGCAGGCCUGGUCGGUGGGAGCCAAAGCCAGGCCCAUGGGCAGAGGCAGCCGGAUCCCAGCCCUGGCACCCAAGGCCAGAGGACAUAUGCCAGGGAAGCACUAAAAUUGGUUCUAAGCCCCCAGAGGACCCAGAGGGAGAGCAAACAUCCCUGUACUAAUCCCUUACCCAUAUUUUUUGGCCUCUCGUUUCAGCAUAUUGGCACUUAGAGAAAACGGAGAGGUGGGAAUAGUCAUCAACAUUUGCAAUAGGAUUUUAAAGGCCAAUACUGAUUUGUAAUUUAUAUAUUUUACAUUUUGGGUUACCAAACAUGGAAUAACCCUGCCUCUGUACAAGCUGGCAGUACAGCAUAGUGCUGUGUCCUCUUAUUGAGACAGUGGAGGUUCACCGCAAUUAGCUCUGAUUAAAUACCAAAGAAAUAACAAUUAUUGAUUAGGGAUCCUCCAUAUUUAAAGUGCAAAACAAAACAGCAUAAACAUUACAAUUGUUAAAUUAGUUUCAAUGUUUCUCACUUUAAACAUCUGGUGCGCCAAAAUGAACAUUGUGGCAACUUGGAUCCACAGGUCCCACUCUGGGCAGCCAUGGUUCAUACUGUAUGUCAAACCUCUGGCAUCACACAGGAGUCAGGCUGAUAAACAUGAGCAGACUGUGUCCUGCUCACUAAUGUCUCCUUACCGGACAUCUCAGUUUUCGUAUCUCUCACUGCCGUGUGGAACCUCUGGUGUGGGGAUCUCUGCAGCUUAAAUUGGCUGUCCUUUGACAUGAUUUACAAAGUCCACACACUCAAUUGGCAAUGCAGGCUUUUGUUAUGAAAUGUACAGACUCUGACUUUGUUCUGUGAUAACCCUGGUGACGUCACUCUGACAUCAUUAGGGUUAUUUUGUCAAACUUGACCCCUCCAGAGCCACAGAUAAAUUACAGAAGUGUUUUCACAGGCCUGUGAACAAGCCUUUCUGUGGAAAAUUCGAACUUCCCUUUAAAGCUGCACAAACUGUUCAACGCUGUUGCAAAUGGGAACAUUUUAUUUCAAGAUGGUAGUAGAUGACAACUUUUACAUUUCAAAAACAACUUUGAGGAUUUUUAGCCAAAAUGAGUAAUCAGACUCUGCGUGCAUACAGGAUGACUCAGGGUAAGAGCUCCGCAUGGAUAACCAGCGUAGUAUCAUUACAUAUGUAAUCAGUCACUUCCUCUUUUAAAAGGACGAUAGCAGUUUCUGCAGCACCCCUUGUAGAGAGGCAGUGAUGACACGAGAGAAGGAAAGGGGUUUAGUUACAAGCUGAAAGCUUUGCUGCCUUGGCAACGCUCCAGCAGAUGAUGCUUCAGUCCUGAACGCAUCAACAACCUGAGUGUCGCUUUACUGUCAGCUUCCCACUUUGCUGUCUGUUUACAUUUUCAUUUCUGCUCUUAAAUAGAUUAUAUAGAGGGGAUAUAGUAGCACUUUGCCAAAGGGCUGACGCUUCAUCGCUGAUAUUUCAGUACAGUAUGGACUUAAUUUAUACUUCUGCUUAAUGCCUACUGACAAUCUUGAGUACAUAGCACAGUUUUAUAUGCUAUGCUAGUCCACUGACAGAAAAUACACCCUUUUAACAUGAUAAUUCAAAUGAAACAAACAUACAGUGGAGCUGAAUGCACUGUAUACAGUAGAUUUUGUUUAGCACCUACUGAUUAUGACACCAACAAACACAUUGAGGCACUUCAUGGCUUUAAAAUGGCUUUAAAGGCAAACUCAGAGUUUAAGAACUCUCAAAUAGCAAGAUUAAUCAUCAGCGCUAUAAUUCUGCUACUUCUAAUGUCCAACACAGUGUUAUGACCAUGUUGAUUGUAUUGUAUCUGUUAUUUAACCACAGCCAAGAAUGUGAACAUCCUCAAAGCAGCAGCCUGAGGUGUUCUCAGAUUUUCGAUUUUACAGAUUUUGCUUUUACAAAUUGUCACGUCAUUUAGGGAAAUUCUUUUUUUUUUAAUGUGUGCAUUAACACAAACUGUUGUAUUAGUGGAGAAACAACUUAACAAGUACAGUUUAUGUAUAAGGGAGUCUGUUUGGUUUUUAGCGUCCCAGUCCUUCAUUAUUACUUUAAUAUGCUACUGUAUUGGGGACUAUUGCAUCAGUGGAUAAUUUAUUUUUUAUGUGCACAGUCGUCUAUAUUUUCUGAGAAAUAGUCACUUUGACAUCAAAUGGCUAUUUUAUGUCUGCAAAAGUAUCUGUAUUUGUUUAAAGAAAGCUACAUUAAACUGAACAUCGAAACUC